UCUACAAAAGGCGGUACUCUCGGGUGGGAGAAUUGGUUUGAAUUUUAGUCACGAAUUCCUAAUCUUUAGUAAUAGUUAGAUUGUUGAGCAAAAUGCCUGUAGAACUAUGCACUAUUUGUAGUCCUUCAGGACCAGUAGAAGAAGAGCAAGAGGCAAGGCUUACUCAGUUAAAGAAGAUUCUCCCAAACGAUUUCCUACACAACCUGUGCUCCAACGAAUCACUGGAGGGAAAUAACUUUAAGUGUAUCCUUCGACUGAAACUAACGACCGAGGUUGAGGCUAAAAAAUGGCUACAGGCGUUCCAAGAGGCAUCGUUCAUGACGUGGCGAAUUCUUAAGACCUAUCCAGACGCUGGACGGUUCAACUCUUAUAGGGUGGAUCUACGCUGCCAGCACUUCUCUCGUCCUAAAGCAGGGACAACGAGAAAGAAAGUUGGGAAAGACACCCAGUGUCCCGCCAGGAUGUAUCUGGUUGUUAAGAGAUCCCAAGUUACUCGCAGACGUAAGUCCAGAUCCCGAGAUGAGCACAUCAAGAAUGGCUUCAUGUUCAUCAUCAACCUUCGUAAUGAGCACAAUCAUGAUCUACUCAGCUCAGCCUCGCUGAGGAACAGGGACGUUUCUAAAGAGACGACGGACAACUUGAAGGCGUUGUAUCAGAAAGGACACACCCCGUCUACGGCACUGGAGAUUCUCAAACAUAAUCUACGCGAGGAAUUCUCUGCGAAUUACAGUCACGUCUUAGGAGACAGAUCACUGUGUCCAGAUCUGAAUUAUUGCUACAGGCUGUACUACAGAUUGGCUAAGCAAGCUACUAAAGGCGCCUCAGGAGCAGACAUCUACGUCAAUCUGGAAGCCAGGCUCGCCUCCUACAAUGAGGAAUAUACUGAUGAAUGCGCCAAGAUGCAACAGACUAAGGACGGUGAAGUAGUCAUAUCCAUCUGCACCCCACUCAUCAAAAGGGUACACACUCACUUGGAUCUCUGCGGUCAGGUGCUGUUUAUCGAUUCAUCGUAUAACAAAGAGGAAACCAAGUGUUACCUGUUUGUUUUGUUAGCGCACUCAACGGCUGGUGGGUUACCACUUGGGGUGAUCAUCACAUCUUCAGAGAAGGAGUCGACCCUCACCGCGGGACUUGAACUCCUUAAGACGCAGCUACCAGAUCGCGCGUUUGGUGGGCGGGGCACUCACGGCCCGGAGGUGGCUAUAAUGAGUGAUUGUCUCCCUCUUCAGCGUGCACUCCACUCUGUGUAUCCGAUGACGGAGUUCAUGCUCUGUGAGUUUCAGUUGUUGCAGUCAACUUGGAAAUGGCUGUGGAACGACGCCAAUAAAAUCCUCCCAGACGACCGGCCGGCUUUACUGGCCACCACAACGGCAAUGGUGAACAGUAACUCGAGUGAGGAGCUCAUGGAGAAAUUCACUGCCGCUCAGAGUGACGACUCCUUGAAGGAGUACACCGGGUUCAAAGUGCAUUUAGCUGAAGUGUUUAAGAGAAGGAACGGGUGGGAAACAUGUUGCUACGAUCGGCUGCUAGUACUUCCAGAGAUCACACUUGAAGUUUCCAAGGCUGCGAUGCACGUCUUUAAGGAUAAGAUCCUGUAUAAGCUGAAAAACUACACUCUAAGCCAAGCAGUGGAAUUCAUCUUGGGAAGGUUUGAUGUAGUCUAUAAGCGCCGUCUGAUUGAGGUGAUCAACAAAAAAGUAACUUGCCUACUGAAUUCCAAAUAUGUACCUCUGGGACGGGACUUGGACUGUAAAGCUAUAGCGCAGGUUGAUAGCUCUCACUACACCGUGCCAAGUCUGUCUGACCAGCAGGACCAUCUGGUCAACACGGACAUCGGAACGUGUACCUGCCCACUAGGAAUGAAAGGUGGCCCAUGCAAACACCAGCAUGCUGUCAUCAAGAAAUUCAAACUCUCUGGAUAUUUAGGCACACCAAUACCACCAGAGCAGAAGAGCGUAUAUGGAGUCAUUGCAUCCGAUCAGGGAAAACCGAUCUUUAAGGUUGAACCUGUGGAUGAACCUCCCUCAUCUGUAACAUCUGCUGCAGUGGAAGCUGAUGACGACUUCCCCAUGCCUGUGACGCCCACCGCAGGAGAUUCUGUGGAGAUCACAGUAGCUCAAGAAAUCAUAGCCGCUGCUACAAACUUAAAGGCUCUUCCGAAACCAACUGAAGAUACCUCAAAGACUGUGCAAGAUCAUGAAGAUCAUUCGUACGAUAUCUUAUCAGUUAUUCGACAACAGAAACCGUGUCUACCUUUCCUCCAACAGAACUCGUGUCUACCUUUCCUCCCUAAGAGGUCAUCACUUUUGCCUCUGGAUCAAAGACUCAAGAGGGUGUUCGAUAUUAUCAAACAGAAGAUCAAGAGUGAACCUGGGACCUAUCGAGGUGCAAUCAAGUCCUUUGUUACAAACUUUGAGAACCUGGACUCAGAUAGUGCAUUGGUCUCAUCGCUGUAUACAUUCGGAAAGUCUUCUGGAGACACGUUGAAGGCAGCUAAGCGCCAUAAGAUGAUAGCGUGGAAGUCACUACGGAAUGCAAGUCAUCUUAAAGAGGAGUCAACGGCUGUACCUGCGGAAGCAGAGGCAGAGCAGACUCAAAUGGGACAAUAGUCUUUAAAGGCAGUGGACACAAGUGGUAAAUGUCAAAGACCAGUCUUCU